AUGUCAGGAGAUAGCGAUAUGAUGGGUGCUUCGGUAUCAGGACUCACUGACUUUCUAUCAUGGGAACCAUCAACCCCGUCGGUACCGAAUCGUUCGGUGGAUUUGGAAGAGGAUAACGUCGGAUGGUUUCAGCGUUAUCAGAAUCUUUCAGCAGAUCAAAUAUCUAGAGCUGAUAUGAAGGAACUGGUCGUUGAUUAUCUGAUAGCCGAAGGCUAUAGAGAGGCAGCAGAGUUGUUGUGUAGUGAUGCUGGCAUACCAUUUCCACAGAAUGCGGUUGAGAACCUGGAUGCGCGAAUGGCCAUUCGAGACGCUAUCAUUGAUGGACGGAUUGAGGAUGCCAUUCGAAAAGUAAACGAUUUAGUGCCGGAUCUAUUGGACGAUAAUUCUCUUCUGCAUUUGCAACUUCUGCAGCAACAUCUCAUUGAACUGAUCAGAGAGAAAAAGGUAUCAUUCAGAUUUUUUUAA